UAUGUAUACUCUACUGUUCACGGUAUCAUGUAUGCUGGUUGUAGUGCAGGGUCUCUUCCAUUCUUGCAAGGAAAUAUAUGCUAACAACCCUCAUAGCGUAAGCGGUGUCUACGAGAUCAUGAACCGGAAGCAGGAGCCAUUCACGGUUUACUGUGAUUUCUACGCCGAUUACGGCUACACCUACGUUAUCAACACCACAUCAGUACAAGUCGACAUCGCCGAUCUGUAUACCUCCACGGCGCAUGCGAUGAUACGUCACAUUAACGUGGUGGGAAUUCAAAAAGAAUCGAAAAUGGAACAGAUUUCAACUUACAGCAAGAUCCCUCUAUCCUUCCAGUACAACACACAUGCUGGAUAUGCCAACCCAUACAACCACCAGCAGAUGGCGCCCUAUCUCUACUUGGGUUUCCUGCCGGUCAGUGUGGCGCAAAAUCGAAAUCAACAGGGGUACAGGGUAAAUGGUGUAGACUAUCUGUUCACAAACUGCGAUAGCAAUCCGAACAGCUACUUUGCUUUUUACUUUAACCAUAACGACCACCUGCCAAUCAAUUAUGGCAGAUGCUGUGACUCCACGUUAAUGCACGACUGGAUCACCCAUGCUCACGAUAUCCCAAAGCCUAGGUACUUGCCUCCAGAAUUUUUCUUUUUCUUUGAACUCCAUAUGGGCGGAUGUGGAGGGUACGCCAUCCCUCCAACGAUCAUUCACGACGUGCAAGGGGCGGCUUUGGGCCUCAGAUUCGACUACGAUAACCCGUGUGCACAUUCACCCUGUUUGAAUGGAGGUUCCUGUUUCCCCGAUGGUACUCACACCUUCUGUGAAUGUAGCGAGGGCUACAUAGGAACACACUGCGAGACUGCUGUUUGAUUCGAGAACCUUGCGCCCCGGACACGUUUUUUCGAAAUGUUCAACCGGUCCUGUUUGUUAUCAACAUGUCAAUAAUAGAUACAUAAU